UGUGGAACGUUCACGUUUCCUCACUAUUCCCAAUGGUUGGGRUUAUUUACUCAUUAUGAAUAGUACGCACAGUUCUUCAGCUGGAUUAAUGGUGUCUUUUAGACAGCAAAAACGGUUUUUAAUAUUUGUAGGAGCAGUGUUAUUUUUUAUUUUAGUGUGGUACUUACCAUGGAAUAAUGUUCAUGAUAUUGAUAACAUCAAGCCAGUGUCUUCACAUAUAAGAAGCUUAUCUGUAGAUGAAUACAGUAAUAAGAUAGAUAUAGAUCAGGCCUGGUUUGUUAAAAACUGCCUUUACACAGAAGAUAUAGAUGAGCUUAAAAUUGAGCAUAUUUCAAGAAUAGUCAAAACGCUUUAUGAAUCUAAUAAGUCAACUUGCAAAGAAUUUAGUAACUUAUUCAAAUCAAUUUAUACAAUAAGAGAAAGUGUGAGCAGUGUUGUCAUUAAUAAAGUGUUCGCACAAAAGGUGUUAAAAUGGUUUGGGGGAAAUGCAAAACUACUUGAGCAAACAAAACAACAGCAUGUAUUAUUUAUAAAUAACAUUGUAACCCAAGAAAGUACAGUGUUCAAUCCCCUAAGAGCCAAGAGGCCAGGUGCUGGUGCUGUUGGUCCAGAAGUUAAAAAAAUUGUCGAUGAAUUAAUAAGUACAUCAAGUAAAGACUGUGAUUUCUGCAACUACAAAAUAAUGACAGCAAAAGAUCCAUUUGGAAGUAUAGAGUCCAAGUAUUCUGUAACAGUUGCCAAUACCUUUAAGAUUGAGAAGUUUCAUGGCCUAAUGCUAUGGAAACAUCAUAAUCCAAUGAAUUUUACCAAAGAACAGAUUGUUGACUUUUUAGACAUUGCAUUGAAAUGGUUUAAUAAGGCUUAUGAGGCUGACAAGAAUUAUGAGUACCCCCAUAUAUACUGGGAUUCUCUUACUAAAGCCAGUGCAAGUCAAAUCCACCCUCAUGUCCAUCUAACCCUAGCAUCAGGACAGUACUACUCUGGAUGGGCCCGCUUACACGAGUCAGCGGUUCUCUACGCAAAAGGACAUAAUGGAGCUAACUACUUUACACAGUUAGUGAAGAUUCACAGUCUGUUUGGUCUUGCUGUUCAUCUUGGUGAAGCAACGGCCUUUGCAUACUUGACACCAUCAGGAUCCCAUGAAGUGAUGUUGAUAAGCAAAAAACCCAGUGAAGAUCUCUUUAGCCUGUUAUUUUAUACAAUGAGAGCUUAUAUUGAUGACAUGAAUCUUUUCGCUACAAGUAUGGGAAUGGUUUUCCCUAAAAUGGUGGUGAACCCAAGUAACAGUGAUUUACCGAUGAUGAUUCAACUUGUGUACAGAGGAUCGCAAGCUUCACCUCGUUCUGAUAUAAGUUCAUUUGAUAUUUUUGGGACUCACAAUGUCAACGUCGACCCGUACAUCGUAAUCAAGUCAAUACGUAAGACAAUGAUGAAAUAUGGCGCCUUGCAGUGAUGGAAUGCCUGUGGUAUGGUACGUUAUUUCAGUAUUUAUGCCUGAAUUAUGGAUCUUUGAAAAUUUACAAAGUUUGGUUUGUCUAUGGAAGCUGAUUUUUCGUGCCCAAAGAUGUUUAAAUGACUUAAUAUUAGAGGGAAAAAUAUUUCGUCAUAUACUACUGAGAAGUACUAUUUGAGGGAUUGUGAUUGGCUAGUGAGAAUCACGUGAGGAUUACACCUGAUGUGGAACUUGGACCAAUGGCUGUCCUUUUUGACCAACCCUUGUUGGAGACCAGAGAAUCGUAUAUAUGACCACCUCUUGUUAACGAACUGAGGUCGAAGUGGUGUACUGAGAAAAACUAAUGAAAUGACAUCUAAUACCGACCACCUCUUGUUAACGAUCUGAGGUCGAAGUGGUGUACUGAGAAAACUAUUGAAAUGAUAUCUAAUACCGACCACCUCUUGUUAACGAUCUGAGGUCGAAGUGGUAUACUAAGAAAACUAUUGAAAUGUUUUCUAAGACAGCUUGUUAACGACCAUUUAUGUUGGGAAGUAAAGAAAGUUGGAUGCUGGUAGAAAGCUUACUACUUUUUCAGUUGCCUGCUGGCUGUUAUAAUAUAUAUCAAAAAGAUUUACAUUUUUAAUUUUAAAAGAAUUGAUUGUUAUUUUCAAUUGGUAUUUUGGUGUUUAUUCAAGCAUUUUGGAUUGCACAUAUAUUUGUUUUUAUAGAAUUGACUUUUUUCGGUUUCCUUCUGCUUAUUGAUGUGUACAUAGUCAUCUUUUAUUCCUUGUCCUUAAUUUCAAGACUGUAAGUUUUGGUUGUUUUUAGUGUUUGUGUACUGUUUUAUCCCUGAGAACAACAACUUAUUAUAAUACUGCUAUUGUGUUUAAAUGUUUGGCUAAAUUUAGCUGGAGGACUGUCACUCAAUGGAAAUCAAGAACUGUUCUUGAACACCUUGCUUGAUAAUAUUGUGGAUGUGAUUGACAGAAUUCACUGAAUUCUUAAUCAACUUGAACCAAAAGACAAUUGUCAAUCACUUGACAAGAAUGAGUCAUCGAUAUUAACUUGCGUUACUUGUGCAAAUAAAACAAAAAGAAAUGACUGA